GAACAGAGCCCACUUGGUAGUUCCACAUUAUGCAACGAUAUUAUUCACCGUUGGGUGAGAGAGGGUGUUUGGUUAUCUGCAGUCAAAUGAGAAGCAAGCUAUGAGACUCUCUCCUAUGGACAAAAUGAUUAUUAUUCAACUUUUGUUCACAAUCACUUUUAUGCUGACCCUUUUCGGUCUGGCUGCCUCUGAGUUCGACUGUCAAAACCAUGGCAGGUGGUCCAUUUGCGUCCCCAAGUCAGUCACUGGUCUCAAGACGAAGGAGGCCACUCUGCUGUGUAACUUCACCUACCCACGAGGCGCACGGAACAUGGAUACAAAGAUUCAAGUGAUCUGGAAGAAAAACAUUUUGUUUGAGAAAAAUGCAUCGUAUUACAUCUUUAACAGAGCUACAAAUACGACGCGUUUUGACUUCAACGGCCGCGUCUCACUUGUUGGAGACCCUGAAAACCACAGCACCGCUUCCAUCCAAAUCCGGGAACUGAAAUACUCAGAUAGCGACAAUUAUUACUGUCGGUUUGAAAUUGAAAAGGGGUACGAAACAAACUGGGCCAUCCAUCUUGAAGUGCACUCCAUCCCUCAAGUUUGGAAUUUGACAAAACUGGACGUCGCCGAUCCUGUCAAUUGCUCCAUCUUCUGGUGCAUGGUGGAGGGAAAACCAAAACCGAACAUCACUUGGGAUGUGCCGCUUGAAAUUGCACGCCCAUUAAACGCCGAGGUGGCGGAUGAGCCAGGUUCUGGAACGAAUCGUUACAGCAGCACGCUGAGAAUUUGUGGGGAGCUGCCCACCGGAGCCUACACCUGCCGAGCAAUCAACCAGCAUGGAGAAGACAGCACAUCUCACGACGUAGAGCCACCUCCGACAACUUCGACCGCGAUAUUAAUCGGAGCAAGCGCAGCGACCUUCUUUCUGUGCACACUCUUCGCAUUCAUCACGUUCUGGCACUGCCGAAUCCAAAGGAAGAGCAACGGGGAGAUGAAUCAGGAGGUGACGAAAGAACAAAUAUACGAAAACACGCGUGCUGACAAGUCUGGAGCAGGGCAAUGUGAGAGCUCAAGUCCAAAUGUGGACGAUGGCGAUGUGACAUAUGCCGCGGUGAUUGUGGGCGCAGACCCACGGAGAGAAGCUCCACUCAGCCAGGAUCACGGCGUCGCCUACGCCUCCAUUGUGAUAUCGCAUCGCUCGUCAUCUGAGCCAAUACAGUCUUUGGAUAAGGGCGUGCGGUUCAUUUAAGCUAAUAUUGCGCUUGGUAUCUCUUUUGUCUUUAUAUGAUUAAUGACUAUAUCAUCACCAUCAGCUAUGAUCAAUCGACUGCUGGAUGAGAUCCUCCUUUCACGGUUUUGUAAUGUAACGAUCCACAUAAGCCUGCACACCAGCAGAUUUCAUUGAUUGACUUUGCUUAAGCCAACAAACUGUGGACUAAUUUCAAAAUUCUCAAUAUUCUGGUGCUCACCAGCAGUCGACCACGCUAAACUAACACGGUAGUGUAUAUUUUAAACCAGACGUUAUUAAAGGGCACCACGAGUGUAGUUGACCUACCCUCUCUGUCUCACAACGUGUGCUGUGGGAGCCCCCUGCUGGAACAGCUGGCCGUUGGCCUUCGUAUCGCUGUAUCGUCGUUCAUAAUUUAUUGUACAUUUUAACAUUGCUCACGUAUCCCUUUAACACAACUAUACGUUGCUUCUCUUCGAAAUUUAUACGAAUUGACCUGUUCAUUAAUCACACACCAGAUAUUGAUAAUUUUAAUUGUUACAAGAUUCAAGAUGUGCACUUGGACACCUCCCAGCCGACCAGUUUGUUGUUGGCAGGGGGUUUCAGACCCACGUGUUUGAUUGGCUUGUGGUAUUGUUACCCACUGCUUGGUAUGUGUGGGUUUAUUCUGACCGCUGGAGUAUGAACACGUUUGAGUAACUGUGAUAGUGGUGAAUAGUUGCUGCUCAACACGUGAUGUCAGUAACGGCGAGCCACCAUCGCUGUGCUUCUUGCCGAUGACAGCGGCUCGCCGGGUAUGCCACGUCACGUACAAUCUUCACGGCCGGGUAUUGAAAUUGUCCUCAUUGACUAAUGUGGCUUCAACUGGGAUUACAUCAUGCAGCCUGGAGUAGAAUUGCUCCUCGACUUCAACAGGGUUGGUCAGUGUUGGUACGAAAGGCACCGAAGCUUUGGCUUCCCCUUGAGAUGAUGAUGUUAACCCACGUAUUGUGCUCCUCACAAGUCACAGCGAGUCGAAACUUCGGAAUAUUUUGCACGUGACCUUUCCAGAAGACGAUUGACCUUCGCACUUCCCUCGGUCAUUUUAACUUUUCGCUAAAAACACGUCUCAAUCAGUGCAGCGAUAUCGGUGUGGUAUCUUCUGAGCUCAUCUUCUUUGGUUCUUUCGGUAAAGUCACGUAGAAUGAGAAUAAAAUAAUACAAAU